AUGAUAUCUAUCCUCGCUGAUUCUUCCUAUUUACGAUGCCGUCUACUUACUGUAGAGAUAGGUAUAGGGUCUUUUGACCGUAACGGACUAUUAUUGACCGUUGCUAACAAAACGGAAACACUAACUGCCGUAACACUAACAAUGGAGAACAAACAAGGCUUGUUUUGGCCUCUCAAAGGGUUCUCUCCGUCGAGUACUAGUUCUCCGAUGUCGACUUUGCUCCGCCGGAGGAACAAAUACCAUCUUCCUCCUCCACUUGGAGCAACUUGCCCUUCCACUCCGGUCAGGCCACUAGUGGAAGCAAUGUUGCUGCUUGGUGUUUUGGGUGCACCUCUUGCCCCUCUCCAUGUCUGCACUACUCACCCCUUUCCUCACCUUGCCAUCAAAGACACUCCCAUCGAAACAUCUUCUGCUCAGUAUAUAUUGCAUCAGUACAUAGCUGCUUCUGGAGGGUUGAAGCUUCAGGAUUCCAUUUGCAAUGCUUAUGCAAUGGGAAAGGUGAGGAUGAUUGCUUCUGAGUUCGAGACGGCUAACAAGCUCGUGCGAACUCGGAAUCCCUCCAAAGCUGCAGAAUCCGGCGGGUUUGUCUUGUGGCAGAUGAAGCCAGACAUGUGGUAUGUGGAGCUUUCUCUUGGUGGUAGCAAGGUUCAUGCUGGUUGCAAUGGGAAGCUUGUGUGGCGUCACACACCUUGGCUUGGUCCACAUGCAGCUAAAGGGCCACCUAGGCCUUUAAGACGUGCUCUUCAGGGUCUUGAUCCAAGAACAACUGCAAGCAUGUUUAUCAAUGCAAGAUGUAUUGGAGAGAAGAAGAUAAACGAAGAGGACUGUUUCAUUCUCAAAAUAUGUUCAGAUCCUUCCACAUUAAAAGCCAGAAGUGAAGGCUCAGCAGAGAUCAUAAGACAUGUUUUGCUUGGGCACUUUAGUCAGAAAACAGGACUUCUUAUUCACUUGGAAGACUCUCAUUUGACUCGGAUUCAGAACAACGGAGGCGAUGCUGUUUAUUGGGAGACCACAAUUAAUUCAUUUCUUGAUGAUUACAGGCCUGUUGAGGGGAUUAUGAUUGCUCAUUCUGGUCGUUCUCAAGUGACGCUUUUCAAGUUUGGUGAAACGGCAAUGAGCCACACUAAAACCAGGAUGGAAGAAGCAUGGAUAAUUGAGGAAGUGGCUUUCAAUGUCCCUGGCCUUUCUUUGGACUGUUUCAUUCCUCCAGCUGAGCUUAGGUUUGCUUCUGUGACUGAAGCCUGUGAGUUUCCUCUAGGUCUCAAGAUGAAGAGUGCUGUUGCAGUAGCUGAAGACCAUGCCAAAGUUCCUCGAGGACUUCGACUAUAAUAAAACCGCAUGCAGGCAAUGUGUGUGCAUGUUUGUAUUGACGGCGAGUUUGGCGAAUUCACAGUGACAUCGCCAGUUUAUUGUAGUUCUAGAGUGUAGGUUUUGCCUAAAUUGCAGUGCUACACCGUGAUUCUUUCAAAUUUACUGCAAAUCUGUGCAUAACAUUACCUGGAAAGUGGAUGUUUAGCAAAGGGGAAAACCUGCAUUAGCCUAGUUGUCUAAUUUUAACACUUUUAGCCUAGAUAUUGCAGCAAAGGUUGUCAAGUGUACUUUUCUGAUGCAGGUCAUUGCCUCAUCAAAUUUGUUAAUAGAUACAAUCAUCUUCGUAUCCCCAAAAGCGAAUUGAAACAUUCUGUUGUAGUUUUUUUCCACUUGUUUUCAGUUUGAGAUCAGCAGAUAAUUAUUGUACAAUAUGGGUUAGUCUUUCUGUGAAAGCAUUCAACUUGAAGAUGAA